UACUUCCUUUAGCCCGGCCGCCUUUGGGUUUUGUUGGUGUUCUCGGAGAAGAAAAGUCAUAACUUUAACGACAGGCAACGUCAAAGCGUGCGAGUCCAAGAACACAGCGAUAGUCAAUGCCGAGAGACUCGUUACAAUUGGAUCAGCAAAGCUAAGUUAAUUUUCCAGGUCGAGGUGCCUCAGAAGAUAGCGCUAUGGCCAAGGUCCAAGUGUUAAAUGUAGCUGUGUUGGACAACCCGAGCCCAUUUGGAAACCCCUUUCAGUUUGAAAUAACGUUUGAGUGCAUGGAGGAUUUGCCGGAAGAUCUUGAGUGGAAGAUCAUCUAUGUGGGUUCAGCUGAGAGCGAGGAAUACGACCAGGUUCUGGACUCUGUUCUAGUCGGCCCGGUACCGGCUGGUAGACACAUGUUUGUGUUUCAGGCUGAUGCUCCUAACACAGGGCUGAUUCCAGAGACUGACGCUGUAGGAGUGACUGUUGUCCUUAUAACCUGCACCUACCGUGGACAGGAGUUCAUCCGCAUCGGUUACUAUGUCAACAAUGAAUACACAGAUCCUGAACUAAGGGAAAACCCACCUCUGAAACCAGACUACGCUCAGCUCCUGAGGAACAUUUUGGCCUCAAACCCCCGUGUCACCCGUUUCCAUAUCAACUGGGAGGGCUCAGCAGACAAGAUGGAGGACGGUGAAAAUGUUGACCCGUCUCCCAACAUCAGCGGCAUGCUCCCUCCGUCCUGUUUACCAGGAAAGAUGCCACCUAUUGGGCUGAUGCCGGAGAACUCCAUGGACUGCAUGUAAGAAUCAUCAGAAUAACAUAAUGGACAAGAAGCUCUUCCUUCAAUACACUCAACCACAGUGAAAACACCCAUUCGGACAAAGAGGCCAUGGAUUUAUCCAGACAACAUGUGGACAUUAACAGGAAGCAGGGAUAUGGCAGCAGGAACAAUAUUUUUAUACAGCACACACAAAUGGGAUGGAUCUGGAAAUAUUACAAAAUGUUUUUGUCUCUUGUGCAUUUCGACACACCGACCUGCACAACCAACAUUGCCUUAUUUUACUGUAUAAGAUAAUGUCAAAGCUGAGUCAGAGAAAGUUAAAAGGCCUCAAGUUUGGGUGAUCUUAAGACCACCAAAUCCUCACAGCAAGUCAUACUCAUACUGUGCUGCUCAUUUUGUCCUCUGGAGCACAGAUCAAAUCUAUGGGCAGUACUCUAUGUCAGAAUAGAUGUAGCACUAGCUGCUUAUAAUAAAUAAUUGUUCUGAAGGUUUGUCUCCUCUGAGCUAGAUUUGUAGCAUUUGAAUUACAUGUUCAACAAUAUUGGGUAUGAAAUAUGUGCCGUGUUCAGGGGCCUGUUGCAAGAAGUAGCUUUUAUUUGUUAAACGCUUACUAAUAGUCUGUAAAACAGCCUCUUUAAACAGGCUCCAGGUCAGAUAAUGUUCUUUAAAAUGUUACAAAAAAUGUCUGUCUGUAAUUAUGCACAAACCAUGUAGGUGAAGGAAACAAAGGAGAAAUGGAUUCUGUGUUGCAGCCAUGUUGUUUGGGUGUUUUAGGCUAACUGUAAAUAAUGUUUUUUCUCAGCGCUUAUUUUGUCUUCAGGAAGGGAAGGCAUGUUUUCUAUACUUACUAUAUAUUCUCUGCCUCAGUAUUUGUAACAGUGAUGGGGUUAAUAAAGUUUGUUUUGUGAACCUA